UCGCUGCUCGCACUGGCUGCAGCGGUCGGCUGUUGUGCUAGUCCGUGGCGCUCCCUUGCUUUGAGACGCAGACAGGUACCGCCCUCUCGCUCGCAGUCCCGGCGGCACAUGGGGAGAUGCUUCUCAGCUGCACCCGGUUAAUGUCGGGGGGACUUCGUUUCUUGCGCUCGCUGCCGCCGCCUUUCUCUUGUUCCAUCUGAGCCAUGUCCGCCAGAGCUCCUGUAUGUGCAGUUCCAUUGGAAUUGGCCCAUCCUCAGGAGCCUCAUCACUCCACAGAGAAGCCAGCCAUCCACUGCCACAAAUGUGGCGAGCAAUGUAAAGGAGAAGUGCUUCGAGUCCAAUCCAAGCAUUUUCACAUCAAAUGCUUUACCUGCAAAGUGUGCGGGUGUGAUUUGGCUCAAGGAGGCUUUUUCAUUAAGAAUGGUGAAUACCUUUGUACUGUGGAUUACCAGCGGCUGUAUGGGACCCGAUGCAAUGGCUGUGGGGAGUUUGUGGAAGGAGAAGUUGUAACCGCUCUGGGAAAAACCUAUCAUCCCAACUGUUUUGCCUGUACCAUGUGCAAACGUCCUUUUCCACCAGGAGACCGGGUUACCUUUAAUGGAAGAGACUGUCUCUGUCAAAUGUGUGCCCAACCAAUGGCAUCCAGUCCAAAAGAACUCUCCAGUUCCAGCAAUUGUGCAGGCUGUGGAAGAGAUAUAAAAAAUGGACAAGCCUUGCUAGCUUUGGACAAGCAAUGGCAUCUUGGGUGCUUCAAGUGUAAGGCCUGUGCAAAGGUCCUAACUGGAGAAUACAUCAGCAAAGACGGUGCCCCUUACUGUGAAAAGGACUAUCAGGUUCUCUUUGGAGUCAAAUGUGAAGCAUGUCACCAGUUCAUCACUGGGAAGGUUCUAGAAGCAGGUGACAAACAUUACCAUCCAAGUUGUGCACGAUGCAGCAGAUGCAACCAAAUGUUUACAGAAGGAGAAGAAAUGUAUCUGCAAGGUUCUACAGUUUGGCAUCCUGACUGUAAACAGUCUACAAAGGGAGAUGAAAAGCUACGGCCUACACGGACAUCCUCAGAAAGUAUUUAUUCAAGGCCUGGAUCCAGUAUCCCUGGCUCACCAGGGCAUACAAUCUAUGCAAAAGUAGACAAUGAGAUCCUUGAUUAUAAGGAUUUAGCAGCCAUUCCCAAAGUCAAGGCCAUCUAUGACAUAGAGCGUCCAGACCUAAUUACUUACGAACCUUUCUACACUUCUGCCUAUGAAGAGAGACAGGAAAGGCAGAGUCUUGGAGAGAGUUCAAGAUUCGGCAGUUCUCCUGUGCAUGAUGAAAGUUCACCAAGGACACUCUCUCCAACUCCAUCUGCAGAAGGUUACCAGGAUAUUCGAGAUCGAAUGAUACACCGGUCAACCAGUCAGGGUUCCAUUGGUUCUCCUGUAUACAGUCGUCAUAGCUACACUCCCACUAUGUCACGUUCACCACAGCAUUUCCAUAGACCUGGCAAUGAGCCGUCCAGCGGUCGGAAUUCCCCUGCCCCUUAUCGACCCGACAGUCGCCCUCUAACACCAACUUACGCUCAGGCCCCUAAACAUUUCCAUGUUCCAGAUCAAGGGAUCAAUAUUUAUAGAAAACCACCUAUCUACAAACAGCAUGCUGCUCUGGCAGCCCAGAACAAGCCUUUCGAUGAUAUCAUCAGGUCCUCCAAGUUCCCAGCAGCCCAUGCUCCAGCACCCAACGAGAUUCCAAAGAUUGAAACAGAAUACUGGCCAGGUCCUCCCUCACUUGCGGCUGUAGGCUCUGAUAUGCGACGCCGAUCCACUGGCAGAGAUGAAGACCUUGAAGAACUUCAGAGGCGUCGGCAGCUGCAAGAGGAACAAUUAAUGAAGCUAAACUCAGGCCUGGGGCAAUUGAUACUAAAAGAAGAGAUGGAAAAGGAAAGGUCAUUGCUUGCCAGCAGUCGUUACGACUCUCCAGUUAAUUCAUCUUUACAUGCAGCUGCUUCCAAAACGUCUUCACUCCCUGGGUAUGGACGGAAUGGACUUCACAGGCCGAUGUCCACAGACUUUGGUCAGUACAACAGUUAUGGGGAUGUGAGCAGUGCAGCUCGAGAUUACCAGUUCCACCCAGAUAGUCAUGUCCCUGGAAUGCGAAUGGACCGAGGAGUAUCUAUGCCUAACAUGUUGGAACCAAAGAUAUUUCCUUACGAAAUGCUCAUGGUGACCAACAGAGGGCGAAAUAAAAUUCUAAGAGAAGUGGAUAGAACCAGGCUGGAGCAUCAUUUAGCACCUGAGAUUUUUCAAGAAAUAUUUGGGAUGACGAUACAGGAAUUUGAUAAGUUACCUCUCUGGAGACGCAACGAUAUGAAGAAGAAAGCCAAACUCUUCUGAAUUCUUCUGUCACUGGGAGGGGGAAGAUCUCAUGUAAUAGGAUAAUGUAUUAUAAUUAAGUCCAAACCCUUUUUGGAGAGCAAACAUUCAAAAAGGUGGGGAGGGGGAGAAGGGACAGUCUGAGAAAGGCACCUAUUAAUGUCUUGAGAUUGUGCAGUGGCCUGUCAAGCUUGCCAUAGAUGGUGACAUGAACGGUUCUUUGUUCAAAUCUCAGCCAUGGUUUUCACUCAUAAAGUUUUUACAUGGCAUAUAUAUUUAGUCUUCUGCCUUCCUCAUUUUCUCUUGACUUUUAUUCAAAGGUCAAGGACACUAAUUGAGAAGACCAGGAAGUGCCCGUAAGAUGCCAGCCCACAAUUAUGUGGUCAUGUACUUUCCAAACAAUGAAUGAAUAUAUUCUGUAAUUAAGGAAGGAGUCCUGUGUAAUAUAUUUAUCCUCUGGGCACAGCUAUUGCAAUUAAUUGGCCUUCCUGUCAAAUGGCUUUUUCUUUCCAUAGUACCCUUCAAUAAAACAGGCUGCUGAACAGAGGUACUUCACUCUGCUGCAUACUGGCCAAAUUCUUUGAGAACACGCUCCCGGCUUGCCCUUGCACAUAUCUGGUAGUAAAUUGCCAUGUUUUGUUGUUGAAACACUUUGUUCCUCCAUUUUUUCCUGCAUUAACUGAAUAUAAUUCUUGCUUUAAACCACUUGGUUGAAAGUUAACAAGAACAGCAAACAAGUAAACCAAAAAUUGGUUUCUUAGUUUAAUUGUGAAGGAGUUAUUUCAACUGUCAUGUUAAAUGUAAGCCAUAGUGAAAUGCAAUCUUAAGUUUAAUUUAGAUGUGACCUUUGCUGUGUGAGAAUCACUAUGACAUAGUGUGAUCACACAUUGCUCUAAUUGUGCUUGAAAGUAAGCACUGAGUGAGCCAAUGUGUUGAUGCUGGUACUUUUCAUGUUAAAACAAACAAUAUUAAUCAUGUUGGUCCAGGGAAAAAAAGAUCUGUACUAGGAGAGUGUCUUUAUUAGAAUCAACCAAAAGGCACAAAAUAAUGUGUAAACUUUGAAGCUCUCCAGUUCCCUUUUUAUGGUGUUACCUUAUGUUGUAGGAUCUGAUACAUGAUCCUCUUUCAUAGGAUCUAGUAUAGGUGGCAUAGAAAAUAACCAUGCUGUCAUCCUUACUGUGACACUCAAAGGCGAAGAGUGUUUGGUGAGAUCAGCUGAUGCCAAGCAAGUCACAUCUAACCCCAACGGAGGUUGGACACUUUCAGAGUACUCAGUAUAGCCUGUUCCAGGACUGGAACAGCAUUUUUCAUACACCUCAUACCCAUCCCACUGCAAAGGUUACAUUUGAGUUUUUAAAAACGCCUACUGGAAUAGUGAACUCUGAAAUCUUAUUAUGAUAUUUUAACUAUUAUACAGAGUGACUUUGCUGCUAAACAGUGACCAUUCAAGCUAUUUUCUUGUAUGCACUGAUAAUAUUGCACAAUAUGUCAUGUUAAGCAACGUUUAAUUUGGUUUUCUUCAUGUAAUCAAACACUCAUUAUUCAUAUAAGAAGACUUGAAUUUUGUGUUCUUUUACUAUUACAGAGAUGCAAAUAGUUUCUUUUUUCUUAUUUACUAUCAGUGCCUGAAAAAAAAAACUUUAUCUUGGGCAGUUUCUGAAUCAAAUGAUCCGCUCAAUUACACGCAGCCUUUUUCUAGAGAAUAUUGUGUGACCUGGCCUCUGUCUACCUAAAUUGCUUGGUAGGUUGUGCAUCUUCUGUAAAGGACAAAUAAAAUUUACUGUGAUAGAAUCAGAAGCUGUUUUUGGCCAACAAUAGGGUGCAGUGAUAUAUUAAUUUUUUACCUGAGUGAUGACUACCAGUAUAUAAAUUUUUACUUUUUCUCUUUUAAUGUGCAGUUUCUGCCUACAGUGUAAUCCUAUAUGUGUAUAUACAAUAGUUUAUACUAAUCUAGAAGUAAAAAUCCACUAAAUUCAAUGAAGCUUGCCUUCUAGUAAGUCUGUAUAGCAUAGAUGAGGUUGCUCUCCAGAUGUUGCAAGACCCCAGCUCCCAGCUUUCCUUACCAGUGGCCAUGGGAGCCAGCACUUGGGAAUGUUAUUCAGCAAUAUCUGUAAGGCUACAGAUUUCCCCAUCUCGUCUCCUGUUUAGAUAGCAGUUCCUAUCAUUAUAAGGUUUAUGCAGGAAGGACUUGUAAUAUUUUUUGCUCUUACAUUUAAGAGCUAAACAUAGGUGGAUUCCAGUGACCGUAUUAUCUGAAUCCAUAACAGGUGAUCAAGAUAGUAAUGGCUAAUCUCUUUACUCCUAGCUUGUCUAUUCAUAUUAUCCUCCUAAAUUAGGCUACCAGAUCUGGUCUGCAAAAAUCUGGAGGACCACUAUGUGGAAGCAAAGAGUGAAGAGUUUUAUAUGCUGCCAUUUAGUGAAUUUUGCAGCCCAUAUAUGAAAUGAUAACGAGGGUUUUCAGCACAUCAGUACAGAUGUUUAGAAGGUUGUGUGGCAGAAUUCAUGUAAAAUGCUAACUCUGUCAAGUGCUGAAAAUCCCAUCGUAUUGUAAAUAGGAGGAGAGGAGUGGCACAAUCGUACUGGUGACAUGUUAUUCUUUAUGGGGAUUUAUCACCUGGCCAAGGAUAAUUUCUCUUUAGCCUAAUGCACAGCUUCUCCCAAACUGAUGCCCUCCAGUUGUGUUGAACAUCCCACCCCAGGAUUAGUCUUGCUGGCUUGCUAUUCUAGGAAUUAAAGUCCCAAAUAGCUGAAGGGCACCGUUGAGGAAUAGUGGAAGGAGAAUGCCUAGUAGUCAGAAGAAUAAAUAUCCUAGGACAGGAGGGGAGAAACAGUCAUGCCAUAUGACACUUUUCAUCUUUCUAAUUCUGUCCUAUUAUCUCAGGCAAUAUUAUCAAUUAAAACAAAUCGUAGCAGUAGUCAGGAGGCUCAUGGAAACCUUAGUGACAAUGUGUAGUUGUGUUUCAUUUCUGUAAUUUUCUGUAAUUAUGGUCUAUUAAUUAUGGCCUAUUAAACUAGCUAUAAUUUAGCCAAGAGGACAAUUUGAUAAAUGAUUUAUGAAGGAAUGCGUUAUCAGAGAAAUGGGACCUUUAUCCCAAAAGCAAAUUCUGGACUGGAAGCCAGAAGAGGACUAUCUGAGCUGCCUCUUUCCUGUACAUGCUAUUGCUUCAACUGCCCAUCAGUGGCGUCUGUGUGAUUAGGCAUCCUUCCUGCUUUUUUGUCCUUGGUUCAGUGCUUUUGUACAAUGAAUUCUGGAUAGACAUUUGUAUCUGGAGCACAGAAAGGAUUAAAGCAGCGUAUCCCGACUGCAGUGUAUCAAAUUAGCCAACAUUCAGCCAUAUCUGUGCUUCCUCUUUUUUUUUCCAUUCAGGAUGUUUAUAUUUUGAGAACUGGAAUGGUUGUUCCCUACCCCCACCCCAAGGAAUGGAAUCUCCAUACCCUUUCAUUUCCCUAAGCUGAGCAGUAAGAGACAUAACCUACAGCAUGGCUGCUAUUUGAAAUCAUUCCACUCACGCUUCAAACUGAUCAGGAAGCCAAGCAUUUUUUGGUUCUGACCACAAAGAAAGUCCAGUGUCCCCCCUCAUUCUUGAUUAGCCAAUCAGUUUUGACUUAACAAAAUCUGAAUUCUAUAUUCUCACUUUCCACACACAUUAUUCCAAGGGUAACACCACUUUUUAACUUUCAGAAAGUAGGAUAUUCCUUGUAAAUAGACCUUCUCCUUUAAGAGAAAUGGCUAGUUAAGACGACAUUCCAAUGCUUUGCAAAGUACAUUUUCAUCUCUCUUACACUCUGAAACAAAAAAUAGGGGUCCCCCCCCCUUUUCAAGUGUGGAUGAAUCCAUGAUUGAGCUGUUAUUUUAUCUCUGACAAGUCCCUGGUCUGUAAUUCCAGAAAAAAAAGUGCAUUCACAAAUGAAAACUUACAGAUGAUGUGGAUGCUUCCGGAAUAAAAAUUCCUAGCGUUAUUAAUCGGUAAUUGUGCUCUUCCGUUGCAAAAUGCGUAUGAAAUUUCAAUUGUUUUUCUACACUUUCAGGAGGGAAAUGAAUGUGUGUUAUGUGUGUUCCACUAUUGUUUGCUGACAUGUGAGCAUGACAUACCAAUGUAAUAAGACUUGACAGUUGUGGGUAAAUCAUUCUUUUAAAAUGCAUUAUUUAUUUUAUAAGGAAGUACAAUUUAUUUUGGACACCAUUUCCCAAUUACCUUACUAAUUUUUUAAAGGCAGGCUAAAAAGGGUCUUACUACAAAUGUAAAGGACUGAAAGACCAGCAAACAUGUUUAAUGUGGUGCUAAAAUGGAACUGAUUAAAAAGGCUGAGCUUUUUCCCUCUUAGUUAAAAAAAUGUGCUAAAAUGACUUGAAGUGCUAGUGUACAAAUAAUUCAAUUACCUAACUACCUACUUACUACCAUCACCAUUCCCCACCUUGUGUGUAUCCAAAAAGACAUUUUAGCCCAACUUUUAAGAUUAAAAAAAACAAAACACUGAUUCAGUUGUACUCUGAUGUGAACAGUAAUACCAAAGCUGUGGUGAAAUAGAUGGAUAGUGAUGGAGAAAUUCACCACCACCAUUUGAUAAGUUAUUGCACACAGCAAAAGCACAUCUGUUAAAAAUGCAGGUAGAUGCCAAACAAAAGUAUGAAUUAGCAACACAUGGCUAUCGCAGAAUAAACACUGUGGAAGCACUGCAGAAUUUAGAUUAUCAUUAUGAAGGACUUGUGAUGUGUAUUGUUCAACUCCUCACCUUCAUGGUGCCAGAAAAAAAUCUUCAGAAACGAUCUAUGUGGGGAAAAAAUAAUCUCCAGGAGCAGAUUUUAUUGGUGCUUAACUUUUAUGAUACCCAUUCUUCUUUUGUGUGCUGCUGCUGCAUUUCUAAUGCAGUCUGCUAAAGAGGUGGAUAUUCUGGUUCACAUCCUUUUUCAUAUUUCAGGAAUGCCAACUUUGCACUUACAGGAAAACUCUGUAGCAGGAAUAUAAUAUGAAGAAAUUACCACAAGCUAAAUUGCUCCCUAAAACAGAGCUGUUAGAAGAAUUUUUUUGCCCUGCUUGGAAAAAUAGUGACAACUCUACAAAGAUCGUCAAAUAAGCAUAGCUUAAUUUCAAAUAUAAAGUUAAGGAAUAUGAAAAAGGAUCUUCCAGAUGUUUCCUUCACUGUGCAAAAUGAUUUCUAACAGGGAGGAAUGAAUAUGUUUGGUUCUGCAUGUUUAGGAUAUUCAUCCAUGUAUGAAAAUAAUGACCCAACAUGAGUUUGAUCAGUUUUCCAAUGGCUUCCAUCUAAAACCAGUAAAACUUGACUUUUGCUGCAAGUUUAGGAGUGCUGUAAAAUGAAUUCAUGGCAAAUUCCUCUUCAAGAUUUUCAAGAGUAGAUUUUAUAUCCAAAUCUAAGGUUAUCAGAUUUGGGUUACAAGAAUCUGGUGAACAAUGAGCUGGAAGGACAAGGUAUUUAAAAAUCUCUUCAUUGGCAUCUAGUGAUUUUUGCAGUCCAGAUCUAGUAGCCCUACCUAAUUCUGUUUCUUCAAGGGGAGUGAGCAGUAAUUUGCACACUAUGUUUUGCAUACUAAUUUAUGACCCCAAAUCAAACCCAGUUGAAUUAGAUGGUAAAGGUUGAAUAUUAGGCUAUUUCUCAGCCACCAUGAUUGGAGAAGAACCUGUUUAUUCAGUUAUACGAUAUAUAGUUAAUAGCAGUGUUUGCUAUAAAAUAGCCUAAAUUACUGACAAUCUUUAUAGAGAUAAAGCCAUAUUCCUGAUUUUUAGUAACAUCACUUUAAUUAAUAUUUUGCUUCAAAUCUCAAGGUUUAAUUUAUCAAUUUUUCCCAUGACCAGCCCAUUUUCAGAACUGAGAAAAAGCCUUUUUCAGAAUUUCCCUUUUUGUUUCUCUCUCCCCCUUUUUUAUUGUUAUGAAACAGCUCUGAUUAAGAGCCUUUGUUGAAAGAAAAAGUUACCAAUGCCUGUUGAUAGAAUUAAAUCUGCUUCUCUGCAAAAUGAACACUGGCCAUUGUUGCUGUUCAUGCUGUUUGCAAAUGUCACCCUAAUGCCACUAUAAUCUACAUUGCUGUUGUACUCAAACCAAGUAGAUGAAUAAAGUUUUAAACUUUAUUCUUA